GAAACCCUAGAGAUUAUAAGAGCAAACCCUAAUUCGAUCUCUACGUUAGCCUCCUCCUCAUCAUCUUUAACCACCUCUAAUUCGCCGUUCGCUCCUCCGUCUCCCUCGAAGUCAACAUGGCGCCAAAGAAGGACAAGGUUCCGCCACCAUCAUCAAAGCCGGCGAAAUCCGGAGGUGGAAAGCAGAAGAAGAAGAAGUGGAGCAAGGGAAAGCAAAAGGAGAAGGUGAACAACAUGGUGUUGUUUGAUCAGGCUACUUACGACAAGCUUCUCACGGAAGCUCCCAAGUUCAAGCUCAUCACUCCUUCCAUUCUCUCCGACCGUAUGAGGAUUAAUGGGUCUCUAGCAAGGAGGGCGAUAAGGGAGCUAAUGGCGAAAGGUGUGAUCAGGAUGGUCGCUGCUCACUCGAGCCAGCAGAUCUACACUCGUGCCACCAACACCUAAGAAUGUUUUUGGUUUUUGAUCCGGCUUGGCCGUUGAUUUGUUUUAAUUAUCCCCUUAUGCUGGAACUCGUUAGAAUCUUGUUUGAGAGAUAUGGCUAUUUUGAACAAUGCAUUGCAAUUAAAGCAAAUCGUGGCGUUUUUAGUUCU